GUUGCGUCACGGGGAUUGAGGUCACGUGGGGGGAAGAUGGCGGACGCGGACGAGGAGUUGAUGCUGCUGAGUGUGGGCGACCUGCCCGUCCGCGGCUACGGCCUCAUGGAGGAGAUCCGCCGCCAGGGGAAGCUCUGCGACGUCACCCUCAGGGUUGGUGAUCACAAAUACAGUGCGCACCGCAUCGUGCUGGCAGCAUCCAUUCCAUACUUCCAUGCCAUGUUCACAAACGACAUGAUUGAAUGUAAGCAGGACGAGAUCGCCAUGCAGGGGAUGGACCCAAGUGCCCUGGAAGCGCUUAUUAACUUUGCCUACAACGGCCGACUGGCCAUCGACCAACAGAAUGUGCAGUCGUUGCUGAUCGGUGCCAGUUUCCUGCAACUACAGAAUGUAAAGGAUGCGUGCUGUACCUUCCUGAGAGAGAGGCUGCACCCGAAGAACUGCCUGGGCGUGCGCCAGUUUGCGGAGACGAUGAUGUGCACCGUCCUGUACGACUCGGCCAACAGUUUCAUCCACCAGCACUUUGUGGAGGUGUCCAUGUCCGAGGAGUUCCUGGCCUUGUCCUUCGAGGAAACGUUGGAACUGGUCGCCCGAGACGAGCUCAAUGUGAAGUCUGAAGAGCAGAUGUUCGAAGCUGUCCUUGCUUGGGUACGGUUUAAUCGUGAAGAUCGGGAGAGCUGCCUGCCUCAGCUGCUCAGCAAAGUACGCCUCCCCCUCUGCCGACCGCAGUUCCUCACCGACAGAGUCCAGCAGGAUGACCUCGUCCGGUGCUGUCACAAGUGCAGGGAUCUUGUUGACGAGGCCAAGGACUACCACCUAAUGCCGGAGCGCAGACCGCACCUGCCGUCCUUCAAAACACGGCCUCGGUGUUGCACUUCCAUCGCUGGUUUGAUCUACGCCGUGGGAGGUCUCAACUCUGCUGGCGACUCCUUGAACGUGGCGGAGGUGUUCGACCCGAUCGCCAACCACUGGGAGCGUUGUCAGGAGAUGGUGACGUCUCGGAGCCGCGUUGGCGUGGCCAUGGUCAACGGCCUCUUGUACGCAAUAGGCGGCUUUGACGGGCAGUCGCGGUUGAGCACGGUGGAAGUCUACAAUCCCGAGGCGGACACUUGGACCAAAGUGGCCAGCAUGAACAGUAAGCGCAGUGCGAUGGGGACAGCCGUGAUGGACGGGCACAUCUACGUCUGUGGUGGCUACGACGGCAUUGCCUCCCUCAAUUCCGUGGAGUGCUACACCCCGGAAUCUGACAAAUGGGUAAACGUGACUCCAAUGAGUGCUUGUCGUAGUGCAGCAGGAGUCACCGUCUUUGAGGGGAGGAUCUAUGUUUCUGGAGGGCACGACGGGCUGCAGAUAUUUAACACGGUGGAAUGCUACAACCACCACACCGCCAUCUGGUACGCGGCGGCCAACAUGCUGAACAAGCGCUGCCGCCACGGGGCCGCGUCGCUGGGCAGCCAGAUGUACGCCUGCGGCGGGUACGAUGGCUCGGGCUUCCUCAGCAUCGUGGAGGUGUACAGCUCCCCCUCGGACCAGUGGUGCCCCCUGGUGCCCAUGAACACCCGCCGCAGCCGGGUCUCCCUGGUGUCCAACUGCGGCCGCCUCUACGCCAUCGGCGGCUACGACGGCCAGUACAACCUCAACUCCAUGGAGAUGUACGACGCCGAGACCAACCGCUGGACGUUCAUGGCCCCCAUGGUGUGCCACGAGGGAGGGGUCGGCGUGGGGUGCAUACCCCUCCUCAGCGCAUAAUUUCCCCCGUCCCCCCGGACUCAGUAGCUGUGUCAAAUCAACGCAACAUCCGUGGGCUGGCGGCUGUCCUUCCACCGUUACGGCAAACUCACCACAAAGACUGGUCAAUGUUUCUUGUUCUUACUGGUCAUCAGUGUUCAGUCUGCAGCCAUCCAUUUAGCUCACAUAAUAAAUCCCCCACAGAUCUCGAUUUUUUAAAAAAGAUAUCCAAAUAUUAACUUAUUAUUAAAACAAAAAUUCACUCGUUAAUCAAAGGCAGAGCAUCUGUAAAAUCCUCAAACUAGAUGGACACAGAGUGCUGGAGUAACUCAGCGGGUCAGGCAGCAUCUGUGGAGAACAUGGAUAGGUGACGUUUCACAGAGUGCUGGAGUAACUCAGCGGGUCAGGCAGCAUCUGUGGAGAACAUGGAUAGGUGACGUUUCACCGAGUGCUGGAGUAACUCAGCGGGUCAGGCAGCAUCUGUGGAGAACAUGGAUAGGUGACGUUUCACAGAGUGCUGGAGUAACUCAGCAGGUCAGGCAGCAUCUGUGGAGAACAUGGAUAGGUGACGUUUCACAGAGUGCUGGAGUAACUCAGCGGGACAGGCAGCAUCUGUGGAGAACAUGGAUAGGUGACGUUUCACCGAGUGCUGGAGUAUCUCAGCGGGUCAGGCAGCAUCUGUGGAGAACAUGGAUAGGUGACGUUUCACCGAGUGCUGGAGUAACUCAGCGGGUCAGGCAGCAUCUGUGGAGAAAAGGAAUCGGUGACGUUUUCGGGUCGGGACCCUCCUUCAGACUGACAGUCGUGGGAGAGGGAAACUAGGUAUGAAAAUGUACAGAAUCACGGCCGGCACCGAUGACUAAAGAGCCCACACUGGUCCAUUGUUGGCUGCGGAGGAGGUGGUAGCGAGGGGACACGAACGGUAAAACUAGCAGGACGAGUUUUCUCAAACUAGAUGGGGCUGUGUAUUAACCGGAACAAGGAACUGCAGACGCUGGUUUACAAGUAAAAUGACUCAAAGAGCUGGAGUAAUUCAGCAGGUCAGGCAGCGUCUUUGGAGAACAUGUUACUUGGACACGCUCGUCAUCAGUGUUCAGUCUGCAGAUGUUUAAAGGGGGUAGGCACAAAAUGCUAGAGUAACUCUGGGUCAGGCUGCAUCUCUGGAGAAAAAAGAUGGGUGAUGGGUCGGGACAGAACCAUUCUUCAGGCAAUUGAUGUUUCAGAUGCCUCACAGCAACUCUAGACCUGGGCUCAAUCCUGACCUUGGGUGCUGUCUGUGUGGAGUUUGCACAUUCUCUCCAUGACUGUGUGGGUUUUCUCCGGGUGCUCCAGUUCCCCCACCCCCCCCCCCCACACAUCCCAAAGACGUGCGGCCUCUGUAAAUUGCCCCUCGUUUGUAGGGAGUCGUAGAAUGAUACAGUGUGGAAACAGGCCCUUCGGCCCAACUCGCCCACACCGGCCAACAAUAUCCCAGCUACCCUAGUCCCACUUGCCUGCGCUUGGUCCAUCACCCUCCAAACCUGUCCUAUCCAUGUAAAUGGGAUAGCAUAGAACUAGUGUGUACGGGUGGUCGGCGUGGGAUGAAGGGCCUGUUUCUUGGCUGCAUCUCUGAAACUAACAAAAGACAUCCCUGAUAAAUCACAAUUUUUAAAAAAACAUUCAAAUAUCUCGGACUGGGGAAGUGGGUCGCGGCCUAAAACGUCACCUAUCCAUAUGCAGAACCAGGGGCCACAGUUUUAAGAAUAAGGAGUAGGCCAUUUAGAACGGAGACGAGGAAACACUUUUUCUCCCAGAGAGUUGUGAGUCUGUGGAAUUCUCUGCCUCAGAGGGCGGUGGAGGCCGGUUCCCUGGAUACUUUCAAGAGAGAGCUAGAUAGGGCUCUUAAAGAUAGCGGAGUCAGGGGAUAUGGGGAGAAGGCAGGAACGGGGUACUGAUUGGGGAUGAUCAGCCAUGAUCACAUUGAAUGGUGGUGCUGGCUCGAAGGGCCGAAUGGCCUACUCCUGCACCUAUUGUCUAUUGUCUAUUGUCAUUGUCAUGUUCUCCAGAGAUGCAGCCUGACCCGCUGAGAGACUCCAGCACUCUGUGUUUGUUUUUCAUUGUUACGGAUGAGUUGCUUCCCCUUCAGCAUCAGAAUCUCUCUGGGGGUGAUAUAGAACUAGUUGCUACAUUAGGGCCUCCCGUUCCCCCAAACCAUCAUCUGUCUGUCCUGGGCUCCUUCGCUGGUGGGCAGGUGAUUGUCCAAGACGUGCGUUUGGCUCGUCACUUGUACAAGUAUCCGAUUAUACAUUCCGAGGACCAUGGUUACAGGCUGUGAUUUUCCGGCCACCCUUGCUUCCAGAACCUUUGGAUUAUCCGAUUUGCCGGACCAGCAGAGGUCACGGCCUCCAAGAGGAGUCCAACGGUACCGGAAUGUUCGGCCUAGGCCGCUGGGGACGAACUGGCCCGUAAAGUCGGCUAUGGGAGUUCUUGAGUCCCGGCCGCGGGGAGGGGGGCAAAUUCGAUCAGCCGCGGACUUCCCGAUGAGAUCGAGAUCAGCCUCACCUUACCCGGCCUGGGCGGGGCGAUUUCAAGUGCGCUCUCUGAAUUUUGUCCGGAUUAUAGGAGGCUCUGGACCACCAGUUGCUGGGAAAUGGGUGGUGGGCCUGGAUUUAGUGCACUCUGCUGCUGUCUCAGACCCAGAUAAAAAUAAUUUGCACAUUUCAUCUCAUCGUUAUUGAUUUUGUUUUCCCCAGUUGCGAUCCUUUCGUUCCUCCCAGCUCUCUCCAAGUUCACCCGCUGUUUGUCCUUUGGAGCUUCUGACGAGACCGUCGGUGUUUACAGCAACAAUCAUGAUGAUGAACGUGGUUCCUUUCCGUGCUUGUUAGAGUCAUGUCAAGAGUGAAUCACUGAUUUUUUUAAAGAAGGAACUGCAGAUGCUGGAAAAAUUGAAAGGUAGACGAGAAUGCUGGAGAAACUCACCUGGUGAGGCAGCAUCUAUGGAGAGAAGGAAAUAGGCGACUUCACCUCCAUAGAUGCUGCCUCACCCGCUGAGUUUCUCCAGCAUUUGUGCCUACCGAUUAGGAUUAGUCAGUGGCUGUGACACUUCUCCGGAAGGGCCUGUGUAUAGUUUGCUGUGUAGACAUUUGAGCCGGGUAUUUGCUGGAGUGUGGAAGAGUAUAACACUAUGAUGCAAUAGACAAUAGGUGCAGGAGUAGGCCAUUCAGCCCUUCGAGCCAGCACCGCCAUUCAAUGUGAUCAUGGCUGAUCAUCCCCAAUCAGUACCCCGUUCCUGCCUUCUCCCCAUAUCCCCUGACUCUGCUAUAUUUAAGAGCCCUAUCUAGCUCUCUCUUGAAAGCAUCCAGAGAACCUGCCUCCACGACCCUCUUGAGGCAUAGAAUUCCACAGAGCUCCAUGAGUUCAAUUGACUAGAGAGAGAGAGAGAGAUGAAUUGUUUAAGAAGGAACUGCAGAUGCUGGAAAAAUCGAAGGUAGACAAAAAUGCUGGAGAAACUCAGCGGGUGAGGCAGUAUCUAUGGAGCAAAGGAAAUAGGCGACGUUUCGGGUCGAGACCCUUCUUCAGACUGAUGUGGGGGUGGGGGGGGGGG